AUGGCGUACUUUGACCCAUAUCGCGGACCGAAUGUGUCCUUGUCCGACAUUAAAACCAUCCCUACCGCAUCUUCUGUUGAGCUUGCAUCACCCUGUUCCCCAGACGAAAUCCUCUUCCCUCUUCCGCCCUACGUAUAUACCCCUUUGCCUGUCGACGGAUGGAUUCGUGUGCUGGAGCUGCAUCCUGGCACAGGUCCACUAUCGUGCGGUCUGAGCAUAUGCAAGCUCGAGGAAGGUCCGUUGAAAUUCGAGGCUCUCUCCUAUGUGUGGGGGAAGCACCAAGAUGCGAUGAAUAUUGAAUGUGACGGCCACACGCUGCCCAUUGGACCAAACCUCGCUUGCGCACUGGAACAUCUGCGGCAUGGCACAGAUUCCAGGCUGCUCUGGGUCGACGCAGUGUGUAUUAAUCAAUGGGACAAUAACGAGAAAUCUCAUCAAGUUCGUCAGAUGGGAAACGUGUAUGGGUGCGCCAAGAGAGUGCUGAUAUGGAUUGGCGAGGAUAGCAGGGAGGAAGCCAGUCAGUGUCUGGCCACCAUACAGAGUACAAUCACGACUCUUACAGACCUGGCAUCCCGACAUGGGGGCGUGGAAAAGAUGCCGCCGAUUGCGCUUGACUCGAAAGUCAUCAGCUCAAGCCCGGAGAUAUGGGACAUGGUCCGACGUCUUAUGGGAUCGGAGUGGUUCGAGCGUGUAUGGGUGCUUCAAGAGGUCGGCCUUGCAAGAUCAGCCGUACUCCUUUAUGGGAAGGCUUCCAUCAGUUGGAGCUAUCUGGUCGAGUUGAUGUUGUUUGUUGCACUACGUGCUGAUGUGGGAGCAGUCAUUGGCAACGUCAAGUCGGGCAUGUUUUGGGAUGUGUUCGAAGACAUCUGGCGAUCGUUCGGCAAUCCUGUCUCGUGGCGGAAUGAACUCCCCCUGACAAAGUCCAUGAAUCACCCUAACUCCACACCGAGAUUCAUCGACAUCCUCAAUGACGGGCGGCAGUACAAGGCCACCAAUCAGCGAGACCGUGUAUAUGCCUUCCUGGGCCAUCCCAGCGUCGGCCGCGGAAACCGAAACCGAAACCGGGCAGAUGCCUUGAUAGCCGACUACGACAAAUCUGUUGACGACGUCUACUUCGAUGCGGCAAGAUACAUUCUGCGAACCGACCCAUUUCCAUGGACUCUUCUCGCCUGUGUCGACCACAUCUCGAACUCACCAUCCCUGUCUGGGCAGAGACCUUCAUGGGUUCCACGCUGGGACGAAGAGUGGCGGGUAUAUUGGCUAGGCUACCCCGACAUGUUCUAUCGAGCUGGGGGUCUACCGCCGCGAAAGUUUCAGGUCGAGCUUUCUGCAUCAAUGUUCACUUUGUCGCUUUCAGGCAUACUCCUUGACGAAAUCGUCUGGUGCUCUCAAGCAUUCCAUGACGAGGACCUAAAACUGCCAGGCCAAAAGGAGAAGGCUCCUCUCCGAGCAGUAUGGAGACGACUGGAGGAGGGCAACCAUGACAGUAACUGUACAGUGUACGGUCAGGACAGUGAAGUACGCGAGCUUGCUUAUAGCUUAGCGAUUGUGGCAGGUCGAAACACCGAUGACGGGCCAGCGCACGCGGAUCUGUUGCUUCACCAAUCCAUUUAUCAAGCAUACAAGAAGUUGAUCAGUCAUGACGCCGCUACGACGGGGACCAAACCUACACCGAACAAGGAUGGCGGUAGAAACAUGGAGCGAGAUGUGCUCACAUAUAUGGCGAAUCAACGACGAGCUUUGCAUAACCGACGUAUUUUCCUGACAUCGAAAGGAUAUUAUGGCAUCUCUCACAAGACGCUCGAGGUAGGUGAUGUAUGCUGUGUUUUCGAGGGAGCGAACGUGCCUUUCGUCUUGAGGAGAGUGUCCCAGACCAGCGACACAGAAAGUGACAUGGGGUCGCCCUCGGAUCGAUACCUGCUGGUUGGGGAAUCCUACAUUCAAGGAACUAUGGAGGGAGAAAUCGUUGAAAUGGCAGAUCAUGGCGAUUUGAUCCCACAAGAGAUUGUCCUCGUCUGA